AUUUGAGUCAGAGAGAGAGACACAAGAUCUGGUCUGAGAGCAAGACUGAGACAAGGAGGCAUUCAAAUAUAAAAUUUGCCUCAAUUUUACGCUUUCCUUUAUUUCUGAAUGGUAAGGAGAAAGUGAGAAGUGAUUCUGCAUAGAAACCAAAAAUAGUUGGAGAGGAGCCUGAAGAAAGACAACUUCUGAAGAGCUUCAGAAACUUGUAUGGAAUCGCUCAGGAUCAAACCAUAAGCCGUUUUCAAUAUUUAUUUCACAUUUUGCAAGUCUCUUUCACUCUUUGACCAUGAGGCACACGUAUCUGCUGAGUCUGGGUCUUCUGUUAGCACUGACACAGAACAUCCUGAUGCAAACACUCUGUGGAUAUGGAUAUAUAAGACGAAAAGGAAAGUGUGUAGAUGACAAUGAGUGUGAAUCUAAUCCAUCCAUUUGUGGAGAAAAUGCAAAUUGCUUCAACACUGAUGGCAGCUACUACUGUCAAUGUGAUGGAGGAUUCACACCAACUCAUAAUUUCACACAAGCAGAUUCGAUUGAAUGCAAAGACAUCAAUGAAUGUGUGGAUGGCAGCACUGAUUGUGGUUCUAAUGCAAAAUGUACAAAUCAUGUAGGAGGUUAUUUUUGCACAUGUGAAACUGGUUACAUUUCCAGCAAUGGAAAAGAGACAUUUAAAGCAAAACAAGGAGUUCAGUGUAUUGACAGAGAUGAAUGCGAUGAUCCCAGUUUUUGUGGAAAACAUGCAGCAUGUCAUAACAGUGCUGGCAGUUUCUACUGCAUCUGUGAUGCAGGAUUCAGACUAAAGUCAGGAGAAACUAACUUCACUGACACAAAUCAACUCUGCGAGAGUGUGUGUGAGAUUGAUAAAUCUAUCUGUGGAGGAGGAGUCUGCAAAAACAGCCCAGACGGCCAUGAAUGUGUGUGCAACUCAGGAUUCACCAACUAUGGUCACAAACAAAUGAAAUGCACAGAGCUUAAUUGUGACGCAUUAUUAAGUAAGAUCGACACAUCCCAGGCACCACCACAACUCGUCUCUUUGUUGACCAGCAACUGUUUGGCAGUGAGCAAGCAGCCUUCUACACAAAGGAAUGGAGAAACAUUUUUGGAGAAAUUUCUGAGUGCUCUAGAUGAUCUGCUUCGUGAUGGCUUACAUGGUGAUAAAGCUAAAGUCUCAGCAAUGUUUAGUAUUGUGGAACGCAUGCUAAAACUAAUAGGACCUCUUCUGUCAAAAAGCCAGACCAGGAGAUCUAACUCUAAAACUGAUGUGGAGAUGUUAGUAAAGAGGGGCAGUUCUCCACCUGAGGGUCAUUUCUUGAUGAAUAUCAGUGGAGCACAAUUGACCUCUAACUGGGACACAGCAACAGGAAAUAAUCACCUUGGCUUUACAACUGCAGCUAUCCUCAGCUACGAAGGUCUGGAGAAAUCACUCAACAGCUAUUUUAACUAUUUAGAGACAAAAGAAAAGCAAACUUUCAAGAUCAAUUCAAAAGUUGUAACUGCCACUGUUAGUAACCAAGAGACAGCUGAGCUAAAGGAGCCAGUAAAUCUCACAUUUUCUCACUUAGAGAAAACGAAUGAGGAGCAUAUCUGUGUGUUUUGGGAUCAUACUCUGGAAGGGGGCGCGUGGUCAACAAAUGGCUGCACUACAGUGAACUCCAGUGCUGAUCAGACCGUCUGCUCCUGUUCUCACCUUAGCAGCUUUGCUGUGCUGAUGGCUCUCUAUGACAUUGGGACAGAAAUGAAUGCAAGGAGGAUCCCAGCUUGUGUGGAAAACAUGCGACGUCAAAACACUAAUGGCAGUUUCUACUGCAUCUGUGAUGCGGGAUUCAGACUAAAGUCAGGAGAAACUAACAAUGACAAACAUGAACUCUGCGAGAAGCUUAACUGUGACACUUUAUUAAGUGAGAGCAAAGCAUCCCAGGCAUCACCAAAGCUUACAAAACUUGUCUCUUUGAUGACCAACAGCUGUCUGGUACUGAGUCAGAGUGAGUCUGUCCAGAAUAAUACACAAGUGGAUGGAGAAAAACUUUUGAAGGAGUUUCUGAGUGAGUUAGAUGAUCUGCCUCAUGGUGGCUUCAGGGGUGAUAAUUAUAUCAUCUCAGCAUUGUUUAGGAUUGUGAUAAUCAUACUAAAACUGAUCGGACAUCUGCUGUCAGCAAGCCGGAUCAGGAAAAUAAGCGCUAAAGCAGAUGUGGAGCUGUUAGUAAAGAGGGGCAGUUCUCCACCUGAGGGUCAUUUCUUGAUGAAUAUCAGUGGAGCACAAAUGACCUCCCACUGGGACACAGCAACACGAGAUACAUACCUUGGCUUUACGAGUGCAGUUCUCCUCAGCUACAAAGGUCUGGAGGAAUCACUCAACUGCUGUUUUAAUCAUUUAGAGACAGAGCAAAAGCAAACUUUCAAGAUCAAUUCAAAAGUUGUAACUGCCACUUUUAGUAACUAUGAGACCAAAACCAAUCUAACGAAACCAGUAAAUCUCACGUUUUCUCACUUGAAGAGAAAGAAUGAGAAACAUAUCUGUGUGUUUUGGGAUCCUGAACUGGAAGGGGGCGCGUGGUCAACACGUGGCUGCAUUACAGUGAGAUCCAGGGCCGAUCAGACCGUCUGCUCCUGUUAUAAGCUCGGCAGUUUUGCUGUGCUGACGGCUCUCUGUGACACUGGGGUCUGUAUGCUUAACUUUUGUCAAAAAGGCAGCUAAUCUUGAGCUUGAUAAUUUACCCUGAUCUUCAAAUUCAAAAGUUUUCAAAAGGACAAACAAGGGACUCAUGAACAGAUUUCAAGCAUUUGUAAACUUUUGAACGUGGUCAUUUUUAUUAAUUAAGCAACUUUU